CUAAACACAUAGCCUGCGAAGAAGACAAAUCAGUCAACAAUUCAAACCCCCGGAUUAAAGAGUUUAGCACUUCUGAAGCCACUUCCUGGUCUUCCCCUUCCCGCCGGUGACUUCCUCCGCUGGCUCCUCCCUUCCUCCCUCCCUCCCUGGUGGUACACUUGCAGGGAUUCUGUUUGAAUUAGUGAAUACUACGGUGGUGUGAAAAGGGUGUUAAUUUGCAACAUCCAGUGGUGGAGAUGUCGGAGAAAGGAGGAAAGGGGUUUUCUUUGCCUAAACCUUCGCUGAAAUCUACCCCUCCUAGCUCAAAGGAUGGUAAGGAUGAUAGCUCGACAAAGUCCAAGAAGGGAAGACGAGUUCAGUUCGAUUCUGAAGGUUCCCGGGAACCCAAAUCAAACUUUUCGUCAAAAUUUUAUCGCCCAGCUGCUGCUUCAGGGAAAGCUGAUUGGGGCAAGGGGGGAAAAGGAGACACAAUCGCAAAUGCUAAAAAGAAAGAACCACAGCCACUGGAGCUCAAAAUUGAGCAGGAACUUCCGAAGAGUGUCAAAUGUAUGAUGGAUUGUGAGGCUGCCGAUAUAUUACAAGGCAUCCAGGAGCAGAUGGUCAUGUUGUCUAAAGAUCCUACUAUUAAAAUCCCUGUAUCAUUCGACAAGGGACUGCAGUAUGCCAACAGCACCAGCCGUUAUACACAUCCCCAAUCUGGGAGACACGUUCUUGAGACUCUAAAAAAAUAUGGUGUCAAAGAUGGAGAGGUAUGUGUGAUUGCCAAUGUUUGUCCAGAAACCACCGAUGAAGUUUUUGCUUUAGUACCAUCCUUGAAGGGGAAUAUGUGGUAUUCACUUCUUGGAUUAAUUACUAUUCAAAAAUUGAUAAUCUCCAAUCUAUUUGCAUGUUACUCACUUUGAAUGGAGAAAGUCAUGAAUUGGGGAAAGGAAAGAAUGGAUGGGUAUGGGGUCAACUGGCCCCUCCUAAUCGAUCCGAUUCUGAUUUUUUUAGGCAUUGGAUUACAGAUUGUAUGGUGGGACCCAUACUCUUUUUUAUUCCAUGUUUGUUACUAACACACGGGAAUUUUGGAAUUGGAAUAGUCCAAAACCCAUGUUUUAGUAAACACCAGGAAGUCAAGAUUGGGAAUAAUUCCAUACCCAUUCCAUGUAAGUAAACUUGCCAUUGUGGAAAGAGAAUGUUGGAGCAUUGAUCCUUGGACUUUUUCCCAAUUGGAGUUUUGGUCCCUAAACUAAAAUCUGUGAGUAUUGGCCCUUGAACUUCGCACACUAUGGAGCGAUGGUCCUUUUGGGGAACUCCGUUUGAACUUUCAUCCAAUAUAAAAGGUUUAAAGGGGGAAAUAAAGGAUGGAAGUUCUAACGGGAUUACCCAAAAGGACCAGUGCUCCACAUUGUGAUAAGUUCAUGGAUCAACACUCACAGAUUUUUAAUUCGUGAACCAAAGCUGCCUUUUGACUAAAGUUGGG